GCUAGAGCGGCCAGGAAGAACACAGCCUUCAGAGCGACAGCUUUGAGCUAUGCCGCAAGACCCAUUUCAGAUUCUGACUGCCUGAACUGUAAAAUAAUGACUUUGUGUUGCUUUCAGCCUCCGCGGUAAUUUAUAACAACAGCCAUAGGAAAGUACAGAACUGGUCAGGUUAGGUAAAAGAGCGCCUGCUUCAUUUAUUUAAAAAUACUGAAAACUUUCCAAGGGCAAAACAUUGUGUCAAGUGCCCAUGAAUGUGGGUAACAGGUACUGCAGAAAGACAGGAGGGUGGUACCCAGGCUAGGACAAAGAUGAGGAAUUUCAGUCCACUGUGGUGGUAUUGGGAUUCCUGUUCUCUUCACUCUACAAACUGCUACUUUUUGUGGCCGAGACUCAGGUAAGGGUCUGAUUCAUCACUUCCCUCCAAUUCCAGAAAAACAAUGGAAGGUAAGCCUAGUCUCCCCCUCAUCCUGGAGGUUUCUGUUAAUUUCCUGAGGUUACAAAUGUACACAGCAUCAGCGAAUCUCAGCCAAGGCGAUAAACUUCAAUCGGCCACAAGAGUGUGCCUGUGAGAUGCCCGCAUUUUUUUCCCCCUUCCUGCCAAACCAGAAUUAGCCGGUAUAGGAAUGAGCCAGCGUGGAGAUCUGAAAUUGCACCGAUUGGAAGGAAGCUCGGGGUAGGCUCGGAUAGCUCCAAAACGCACCCUUUUAAAAGCCGCCCGGACCGAGGCAUCCAGAUCGAAGCUCGGCGGAACGUUCACCUGGCCCGGCCGCGCGGAGGGCGAGCGGGGAGUCCCGCACCGAGCGCACCAAACAGGGCGCAGAGCCCGGGCACCGCUUCUCCAGGAUGCUGGGAGACACUGCCAUCCACCCCCACGCCCCGCGGCCCUGGGAGCUCCGAGCCCAGCUGCGAGUGCGCGGGUCGAGGCCGGGAGCCGAGUGAGGCCGCAGCCCCGUCGGCUGCGCGCGAAAACCUUGGAAAAUGUAUACCAGCCAUGAAGAUAUCAGAUAUGACUUUGAAGAUGACCCCAAGGAAAAGAAGACCCUGAAGCCCCACCCGGACGUUGAUGGCGGGUGGGCAUGGAUGAUGGUCCUUUCCUCGUUCUUUGUGCACAUCCUCAUCAUGGGCUCGCAGAUGGCGCUGGGAGUCCUGAACGUGGAGUGGCUCGAAGAGUUCCACCAGAGCCGUGGCCUGACUGCCUGGGUCAGCUCCCUGAGCAUGGGCAUCACCUUGAUUGUGGGACCUUUCAUCGGCUUGUUCAUUAACACCUGCGGAUGCCGCCAGACAGCAAUCAUCGGAGGGCUGGUGAACGCCCUUGGCUGGGUGUUGAGUGCCUAUGCGGCAAAUGUGCACUGUCUCUUUAUUACCUUCGGAGUGGCAGCUGGCCUGGGCAGUGGGAUGGCCUACCUGCCUGCAGUAGUCAUGGUGGGAAGGUAUUUUCAGAAAAGACGAGCCCUAGCCCAGGGCCUCAGUACCACAGGAACUGGAUUUGGUACAUUCCUGAUGACCGUGUUGCUUAAGUACCUCUGUGAGGAGUACGGAUGGCGAAAUGCCAUGUUCAUCCAAGGUGCCGUGUCCCUGAACCUGUGUGUCUGUGGGGCCCUCAUGAGGCCCCUGGCGCCUGUGAAGGGAGGAAGCCACCCCACAACAGAGGAUCCCGGCACCCUGCGGCCUCACUCUACUGAAUCUGUGAAGUCAGGAGCACAACCAGGCAUCGCAGAGGAGCAGGACGGCAGGCCUGGGCCCGAGGAGAGAGACUGCGACCUUCCAGCUCAGGAGUGCCAGGGUCAGGCCCCGCCCAGAAAGAACUUGUGUGCUCUCCGGGUCCUGAAGACGCUGAGCCAGCUCACCCUGAGAGUCCGGAGGGGCUUCCGGGACUGGUACUCUGGCUAUUUUGGGACGGCCUCGCUCUUCACCGACCGCAUGUUUGUAGCUUUUAUUUUCUGGGCUCUGUUCGCGUACAGCAGCUUCGUGAUCCCCUUUAUCCAUCUCCCAGAAAUCGUCAAUUUGUACAACUUGUCGGAGCAGAACGACGUGUUCCCUCUGACCUCGAUUAUAGCAAUAGUGCACAUCUUCGGGAAGGUGAUCCUGGGCGCGGUGGCCGACCUCCCCUGCAUCAGCGUCUGGAACGUCUUUCUCAUCGCCAACUUCACCCUGGUCCUCAGCAUUUUCGUUCUGCCUUUGAUGCACACUUACGCCGGCCUGGCGGUCAUCUGCGCCCUCAUCGGAUUUUCCAGCGGGUACUUCUCCCUGAUGCCCGUGGUGACAGAGGACCUGGUAGGCAUCGAGCACCUGGCCAACGCCUACGGCAUCAUCAUCUGCGCCAACGGCAUCUCUGCCUUGCUGGGACCGCCCUUUGCAGGAUGGAUCUUUGACAUCACACAAAAAUACGAUUUUUCCUUUUAUGUAUGUGGUCUGCUUUACAUGGUAGGAAUACUCUUUUUACUCAUUCAACCUUGUAUUCAGAUGAUAGAACAAUCCAGAAGAAAAUGCAUAGACGGUGCACAUGUUUAGCAUUGUGUAGCAUUUCCAGUGAGCUUUGUGAGACUUUCUUCUUGUGUGAACCUCACCAGGUUGCUAGAGGAGUGCUUAGAGGAAAACCGGCAGCAUCUCCUGUAAAUGCCGUGUCAUCACUUCGUUUGUCAUUUUGGGGUUUUCUUUUACUUUGUUUGUAUUUUGUUUUUUCAAACAGGGUCUCCCUGUAGCCCCA